AUGGUGGGCACGAUGGAUCCGAGCCCGGUUUCGUUGAAUGAUUUGCUCCAAGAGCUUAUGAAAAUUUCUGAACAAACUCUAGAGGAUAACGAUAACGUGAAAAAGCAUGCUCUUCAGUGUCAUCCAAUGCGACAAGCUUUGUUUGACGUACUUUGUGAAGUUAAAGAGAAAACUGCCUUACAAAUACGAGCAGGAAAUGAUGAUCAACCGGAGGAUCCUCAAUUGAUGCGGUUGGAUAAUAUGCUGGUGGCCGAAGGCGUAGCAGGACCAGACAAAGGUGCGCCGCUUUCGGGGGAUGCUUCCGGUGGAGAUCAGGCUGACUAUCGUCAAAAACUCGGCCAAAUUCGUCUUGUCUAUAAUCAAGAGCUCCAGAAAUAUGAAGAGGCAUGCUCGGAAUUCACUCAACACGUGAUGUCCUUACUUAAAGAUCAGUCUCGUGUCCGACCUAUUAGUCAGAAGGAGAUUGAACGAAUGGUGUCGAUAAUCCAAAAGAAGUUCAGCGGCAUCCAAGUCCAGCUUAAGCAGUCCACGUGCGAAGCUGUCAUGAUCUUGAGAAGUCGUUUUUUGGAUGCAAGGCGUAAGCGUCGUAAUUUCUCAAAACAAGCAACGGAAGUUCUCAAUGAAUAUUUCUACUCACACCUGAGCAAUCCGUACCCGUCGGAGGAGGCCAAAGAGGAACUCGCUCGGCAGUGUAACAUUACAGUGUCCCAGGUAUCGAAUUGGUUCGGUAAUAAGCGGAUUCGCUAUAAGAAGAACAUCGCCAAAGCGCAAGAAGAAGCUAAUAUGUACGCUGCAAAGAAAGCGGCAGCCCAUGGUCUUGGAGAAGUCUUCGCAAUCCUAGGUCUUCCUGGAGCCAACUAUGGUAUGCUGGCAGGAUCCUCAUCAAUGUUGAACCCUUAUCAAGGAAUGUUACCUGGUCAAGAUCUUAGCCAUAUGGGAAUGCCUCCUGGAUUCGAUCUCUCUGCUUAUAACCCUCAAUUAAUGGCCCAAUAUCAAGCAAAUUUGGAUAACGACAAGUAG